AUGACCGACUUUGAAAUUAACGAGGCUUUGUCCUCUUUGGAGAUUUUGAUGUCCGAGUUUUUCGCUCACACAACUAAUAACUUUAGAAAAAGGGAAAUCGAAAACAUUCUUGAAAACUUCGCAAAUCGAAGAGAUUCAUGGAAACAUUGUUUAUUGUUUCUACAAAAGUCACAAAACCAAUAUGUUUUAAUGUUUAUAUUAACAACACUGGAGAAAAUAAUAAAUAGGCAGUGGAUUCAUUUAUCAGACAAUGAGAAGACAGAAAUAAGGCUUACACUGAUGAAUGAACUCAUGACCAAACAUGAAGUAAUGUUAUAUUUCAUUAGAAACAAAUUGGCUGCACUCCUUGUUGCCAUAGCUCGGUAUGAUUGGCCCCAUCUCUAUCCAGAUUUCUUCAGUAAUAUUGUAGAGUUAUUAAAAUGUGAUGGUCAUCAAUGCAUCGUGGGUCUAGUGCUCGCUCAAGCUGCUAGUGAGGAGUUGGGUGCGGCACGAGAUACAGGGGUACUACUGCCAUCUGCUCGUAGAAGCCAGUUAGAACGGCUUAUGUUGAAAGGAAUGCCACAAAUGUUAAAUGCUCUAAGUGCCAUAUUAGAGAAGAAUGCUCAAAAAGAAGGUCAAUCAAAUCCUCCUCCUUCCCCGACCAGUGGCUUACCACAAUCUUCUGCUUUGCCUGAUCUACUGGCCAAUGCUCAUGAUGUACACUCGGGUGAUAGGGCAUUGAAUAUGGAUAUAGUAGUGAAAUGUCUAACAACUCUACAGCAUUUAUUUUCAUGGCUACCAUUGUCUUCACAUGUCCCUCCAUCACUCGUAACCACAGUUUUUUAUUGGGGCAGUGUUGCCACACAGUCGCAGAGUGUGGAGGCAGCAUUGGCGGGGCUUGGUGGUGUAUGUGAGUUGUUGUAUCGUCGAUACGCACCACCUUCCUCGGCAGCAACUGCCCUAAGACUGCAUCACUGUUCCUUAAGACUGUUGAGACAUCUGGCUCACCAUAACACACACAUGCACCGAGCACCGAUAGAUUACUUAAACAAGUUAGCAGAAUUUCUGAAAUUAUUUGUGUCACUGCAUUUCAAAAGAUUGGAAGCCGAGCCUGAGUUUGAUGCUAUAGAAUUCCUUUCGUAUUUAUUUCAGUAUACAUUCCAGGUGCCUAAAUGUAGUACAUUUGUCAAUUGUCUAGAUAUAUGGAUACAGUUUAUUGAUGUUCUUAAGCCUGAAGAUACAUCUAAAUAUUGGGAGGCUCUGCAAGCGCUAGUGAAUGGUGUACUCAAUAAGAUACAAUUCCAACAUAACAAAGCCCAGUUGCAGCAUUUGGAUAAUGAUGUUUGUGAUGAUGAUGGUGAAACUGAAUGGCAAACAUUCCUCAAACACUGUAUUGAAUGUAUAGCUCGGGUUGCUGAUCUUGCACCAUUGGAUGUUUUCACUGCUGUGAUGGAGCGCUGGCAGUGUCUAGCCGGUGUUCACGCUAGGUCUUCGGUAGGGGUGCGAGUGUCGGCCCCGGCUGAAGCGGAUCGCUUGUUGGCAGCCCUACUUGACCUCGCUACGCUCACACGGCUUUUGGGAAGACUUGCUCCAGCCUUAUUAGCUGAGUCUGAUGGUUCGAGUGCUGCUUGUGCCGCGGGUGCUGCUCUUGUGGAGAGGUGUGCCAGUUCUCUGUCUGGUGCAGCACUCACACGUCCCCACCGCACGCACGGCCCGCCGCUUGCCUCUGCGCACAUUGCUCUUCAGGCGGAGAUGUUCGCGUGUAUGGGUGCUUGGUGCUGCUACGCCAGUGAGUGUGGUGUGCCGUUAAGGACUAUGGACUCGCUGCUCGCUGCUGCACUGCCGUUCUUGGUGCCUCACGAACAACCGGAGCCCCCUCUACUUUGCCACGCGGCUGCACACCUCCUUCUGAGCUUGUCAAAGAACGUCAAGUUCACAACGGACCCUAUCAUGAUGUUGGGUGAUCUCUACAACCACGCUCAGCGUUCACUGCACUACUUAGAACCGAAGACUGGUAGCGUAGUCCGUGAGGCCCUGGUGUGUUUGUCCCUAUGUCGUCCCGAGGCUGCUCGCGGGCUGCUGGGUGCGUGGGGCUCGCUGAACGGAGGACCCUCGGCCGUGCUGCCUCCCCUUACUGAACUGCUGCACGCCUUCGCUGGAGCCAGCACUCACUCUAAGAAGAUAAUAGCGGAGGGUAUAUCUUCGGCCGCUGAGAGCGCGUUGCGCAUGCUGUGUGAUCCAGUGUACUCUACUUCUGAGUCGGAAAUCACGGAUUUCUUCCUAGCACUGUUCACAGCUCUGCUUCCACAGUUGGGAAGCUUUGCAUAUACCGCCAUAGACGUGUUCCUUGAAGUCGCUCAAAGGGAGACAGGCGAUAGUUCAGGCAGUCUUGAGAGGCUCGUGGAGUGUGUUCGUCUAGGAGUUGAGGCGGGAGGCGGCGGUGUAAGGGUCACUGCUGUUUUGGAACUGCUGCAAAUACAUGUACUGCCGCGAGCCACGCAUCACUCGCCAGCACUCGCAAGAGCGGCACACAGACUACUAGCCAGUGUGUUGGUUCAUCGUUGGCGGUACUUCUUCCCCACGGGUCCCGGCUCGGGGGUUGGUGUGGAGGGUGCUGAGGGUGCACGACGCUCGGAUGAACUGCGGGGAGCUCUCACCGCGCUAGGGGGUGCGCUACUCUCACAGGACAUUGACCUACUGAGGAUAGCACUGAACACGCUCGACGUGUUGAACACCAAGUGGAAGUUAUACCAUAAGGCGUUAUUCCGUAGUGAGUUCAUGGGGGAAUUUCUAUCAGUACUGGUUUCCGGCCUAUCGGAGGGCGGAGCUCGAGCUCUUUUACGUGAUGAGGCAGUUUCUGCGGCGCAUGCCAUGGCUGUAGUUGACUUCAACGCCUUCCGACACGCCUUUCUGCCUCACUUCCUACGCUCUAUGCCAGGCUUGGACCAGCAACACGCGCAGAUGUUGGCAGACUUUCCGCCGGAUACGGAUCUACCAACAUUUACACAAAAUAUUUUGAAACUUAUGAAUGACGUUAACUGCUACAGAGCAUAUCAGUCACUUGGGUGUAAUGAAAUGGGGCCAUAG